AUGAGGUGGUGCCGCAGUCCCGACUCUGGCUGCUUUCCCGUUUUGAGAGUGGCUUCAUGUGUGUGUGUGCGUCUUAGAACUGGCGCCAUCAAGCUGGGGUGUGAAGGCAUGCCUGCCAGAGGCAGAUGGCCAAGGGGGAAGCGAAAGGCGACUUUUGGGAAGCCGGCACAGAAAUCGGACCCUGAAGUUGGCGACCUCGUUGGGAAAAUUGUGCACAUCCCAGCCACCGAGUAUGGCAUCAGCGUCCCUGGAAUGUUCUACAGGGCCAGAGUGGUGAAGAAAGACCCAAAGCGCAAAAGCUCUGUGAUCCUUUCGUUUUUUGAGGAUGAUGGGAGUCACAAUUGGAUGCCUGCGAUGGAAGUGAGGCGUUGGCUGUCAGAAACAGGCAGUGUGGAGACGACCACCAACUGCCACUCCGAUGACUAUGCAGCCCAAACCCUCCUUCACAUCAAGAGUCUGAGUUUGCGCAAUAGCCCAGGCGAUCAGCCUGUUGGGGGCAAAUGGUCUGAAGGGGUUCAGGCAGGGUGCCUUGCGGGGAAAAUGGAGCCGCAGGUUAUGGCUUGCAAUGGGCAUGGUGAUGCAGACGUUGGCCAAAAGGCAGAAAAUGCGAGAUGGAAGGUUAAGGCUGGAAAAAUGGGUACAGCUGUUCACGCACUGCCCCGAGGGAGGCCAAGGUGCGUUCUGGCUGAGAGCCAGCCAGGAAGCAUCGGGACAGAUUGGGUGCAGCCGGUCGACGUGGGAGAGGUGAAAGUGCAGGAGUUGUGUGCAGAUGGGAAGGCUGAUGUUGAGAUGGACUUUUGA